AUGGUGCAUUGGUUUGUGGCUGGUGACUGGUCACACCCGGAAUCAAAUAGGAUAUAUGAGAAGUUGAAUGAGAUAUACACAAGGCUGAAGAGUGCAAUUGGGUAUGCAGCAGAAACUGGGCAUAUGUUGUUGGACAUGGAAGAGGAAGAUAAAGAGCAUGCUCUGGCUGUUCAUAGUGAGAAGUCGGCCAUUGCAUAUGGGCUACUACACUUGGAUUCAAAGGAAGACAUUAGGAUUGUGAAGAACCUUAAAGUUUGCAGAGAUUUUCACCAUGUUAGCAAGCUGAUUUCAAAAGUUUAUGGUCGAGAGAUUAUUGUAAGGGAUCGAAAUCGGUUUCAUCAUUUUAAAGAUGGUGAAUGUUCCCGUCUUGAUUUUUGGUAG